GUCAGGAGCCCCAAUUUGAGAAGCGUUGGCCUCCCCCAUGAAAUCUGUGUCGUACAAGGCAAAAGCACACAAAAGACCAGAUUUCACGGAGGGAGACCAGAUUUCAUGGUCCGUGACGUGUUUUUCAUGGCCGUGAAUUUGGCAGGGCCCUACCGAUCAGUGUUUAUUGUUAUAGGUGAUUGUAACAUGUUAUGAACUUUCACCACAUUUCCAACCACUGAGCUCACAAACGGGGUAGGCCUGUUAGAUCCCAAUUAUUACACCACGUCCCCCCAGGGCGCAGGGAAAGGAAACAGCUGCGGUGGAGCUGCCUCAGAUAGGGGCUUUGCCGGGUGGCUUUGUGCUAGAUGGGGAGGGGGUAGGAAACACACAGAGUAAAGGAUAUGCCAGCUCUGUUGGGACGUGCGUUCAUUCUGCGGCACGAUUCUCAGAGCAGGUGGAAAUUUCCCCAUUUCUAGAAAAGGAACCAACCCAUGGACAGGGCUGGGAAAGAAACAACCCACUCCUGGGGCUGGAGCCUGAAUGUUCCAGGCUGCACUGGAAUAUGAAGGGGACACCACCAGUGAAGAUGUCCCAUCUCCUCACAUCUGGCUGCUGGUAAUGGGGAGGAUGUUGGGGUUCCUGUCCCGCUCGAGGUCUCCACCUCCCUUAUCAGCCUCUGGCUAAUGCCGGUGACCUUUGAGGAGGUGGCUGUGUAUUUCACCCAGGGGCAGGGGGCUCUGCUGGACCCUGCUCAGGGACGUCAUGCAGAAUUAUGAGACGGCGACCUCGCUGGCAGCCGAUGGGGUGGGGAGUGAAAACAAGGAGGAGAAUUCACGGCAGGAAGGUCCUGAGCAAGGGGAAGCGCAAGGGACGUUACUGGGAAGAUCCAAAGGGAACUUUGACCAGAGCUGUGAGUGUGAGAAAGCCUGUGGAAAUCAGUGCCAGUCAGAGAGACAGCUGGGAAACCAGCCAGAGAAAGAAGUGGGUAGGUUUCAUGUGGCAGAGGACGCAAGGAACUCAGCGAAACAACAGCCCAGCGGAGAAGCAACACGGGAAAGAGAAAAAAACAUGUGCGCCGAGUGUGGGAAAAGCUUCAGUCGGCGCUCUCAUCUUAUUUCCCAUAGAAGAAUCCACACGGGCGAGAAACCCUAUAAAUGCCUGGUCUGUGGGAAAAGCUUCAAUCAGAGCUCAAACCUUAUUUCACACAGAAGAAUCCACACAGGAGAGAAGCCCUAUAAAUGCCUCAUCUAUGAGAAAAGCUUCAUUCAGAGCUCACAACUCAACAGACAUGAGAGAACGCACACGGGAGAGAAACCCUAUAAAUGCGUUGAGUGCGGGAAAAGCUUCAUUCAGAGCUCGGAUCUUAUUUCCCAUCAGAGAAGCCACACGGGAGAUAAAUCCUGUCAAUGCCCAGAGUGUGGGAAAAGUUUCAACCAGAGCUCAGAUCUUAUUACGCAUCAGAGAAUCCACACGGGAGAGAGACCCUAUAAAUGCCUGGACUGUGGGAAAAGUUUCGACUGGCGCUCACACCUGGUUAUACACCAGAGAAGUCACCCGGGACACAAUCCUUAUCAAUGUGUGGACUGUGGGAAAAGUUUCAGUCGGAGCUCAAACCUUAUUACGCAUCAGAGAAUCCACACAGGCGAACGACCUUUUAAAUGCCUUGAUUGUGGGAAAAGAUUCUGUCAGACCUCAGAUCUUUUUUCACAUCAGAGAACCCACACGGGAGAAAGACCCUAUAAGUGCUCGGACUGUGGGAAAAGGUUUAGCGACAGCUCGACCCUCAUUAAACAUAGGAGAAUCCACACAGGAGAAAAACCCUAUACGUGCCAGGUCUGUGGGAAAAGCUUCAGUCAGAGCUCCACCCAUACUCGACAUCAGAGACUCCACAGGGGACAAAAACCUUGAAUGUGGGGGAAGGAUCUUUUGGGGCACAGAUUGUCGGAGGCAUCAGCAAAUCCACACGGGGAAGAGACCUCUUAGAUCUCAUUAGCAUGUAAAAUACUACAAUACUGGACAUCAGAGACUCCUGCACGCAGGAGAGAAAUUCUAUCAGGGCACAGUAAAGAGACGAGACAUUUCCUGUUUCCCACACACAUCAGGGGCGUUUGGCCCCCAAGUAUCCAGCUGCCUGUGUCUGGGGUGAGGACCCAGGAACAGCCAAACUUGAGCAUAUCAGUUACACUGCUCCGUUCAUGAGCAAACUGAGUUUUACACUCAUCUACUUCCCCGCUCUGGGGACAGAUUGUCUCAUCCCGUUACUGUCGUGUUGCUGCGAGUUGUGCUGUGGGUUGUUGUCUUGUUGCGAGGGUUUUAGUACCUUUCCUAAAACACGAAUGGAUAGAGUGAGAGGGAAUGAUCCAUAACCGGUUGGUCAGGGUAUAGGCGCCGACUUCCUCUCUACCUGUGGGAAUGGCCCAAUGCCCCCUCCCCCCCCGCCCAAGCCCUGCCCCCACUCCACCCCUUCCCUCAAGACCCCGCCCCCACUCUACCCUUUCCCCAGGCCCCACCCCUGUCCCUGUCCCACCUAGUUCCGCCCCCUUCCCUGAGAACACCCUCUCCCUGCGCCUCCUGCAUGCCCCAGAACAGCUCAUCCGCGGCGGAUGGGAGGCUUUGGGAGGAGUUGACCAGCGGGGCUGUCGGCAGGUGGUUGUGGGGGGGAGCUUGGCUGCCGGUGGGUGCUUAGCACCCACGGAGUUGGCGCCUAUGGGUCAGGGACCUGCGAGACCCAGUCCCCCUGCUCCAAAGCCUCUUUCAUUACUCAUAUGCAGCAGAACAGCUUCAACAGGAGAGACUAAAGAAGUCCCAUAUCAGGAUAUCCCAUAGGUUGGUGAUCACUCUCCUGUGGGAGAACCCAGUUCAAAUCCUCUCUCUCUCCCUCAGGCAGAGCAGGGAAUCCAACCAGGGUCUCCCACAUCCCAGAUAAGUGCUCUUAUCACUGAGCUAAUAGGUGGGUCGCACCACCUCCUCCUCCGCAGGCCAUUAUGUGUGGAGAGAGACAGGUGUCUAACACAAUCUCACAAGCCUAAGCCAGGUGUCUGCAGGAGAGGGGUUACAUCCAGUGGCUUGCAAGCAGAGAUAGGGCCUUGUCUCUAUCAGAGGGGAGGGACUGAGGACACACCCCUCUCAUCAGCACCUCCCAUUGGCUAGCUUAGGCGGCUCCCCUUGGAGCAUGGAUCUCCUUCUUGGGCACCUCUCUCUCCCCAUUCAUCAUGCUUAAGUCAGGUUCUAUGAAUGCCAUAGUUAUUCCAGGAAAGUCAGGGUGUUGUGAUGCUGAGCAGAGUAGAGCUGGGCCUAGAAUGUGGUCCGGACGGGAUCGGUUCAUGGCCCUACGCUAUUUAAUGUUUUUAUUAAAGACCUGGAAGGAAACAUAAACAGAUAAAGUUUGCCGACGACACAACUAUUAGGGGAGUGGGAAAUAAUGAAAGGGACGGGUCACUGACCCAGAGCGAUCUGGAUCACUUGGUCAACUAGAUGCAAGUAGACCACAUUGUUAGAGAGCUUAUUCCUUCACUCUCACACUUCCCUGGUCCUUCUCGCAUGAACAGAGAGCAACAAUACCCGAAGUCCGAAGGUGCAAACAAUUUGAUGUUUAUUGGGGUGAACUUCCAGC